AUGACAACUAGUAACAAUUUCCCGACAGUUUCUAGGUACGAUUUCCUAGAUCCUCCAGCCCCCUCUAUUUAUACCCGUCCAUCGGUUAAAGACUCAUCUAAAAUUGGUGUUGGAAAUCUAUUUGACGGUGGUCUUCGCAAGUUAGUGGCCGCUGCAAAAGCAGCUGAGGAAGCUAACCAACCGUCGAGCCCACAGGCUGCAAGCACUGAGGAAGACGAGGAGUCUCCGACACGCUUUUAUGCGAGACACAAAGUGUACGUUGCAUUAUUUCCUCCAACCAAACUAUAA